AUGCCACCCCACCAACAGCAAAUGCCUCGGCGCAACACCAACCUUUUGAUUCACGACAUAUUCAGCGCUGGCGAACACACAACGCUUCCCUGGGAAGCAAUCUCCCAACCAGCUGAUGUCGAAUGGCCUGUGGAGUGUCUUGUGUCUCGUGAGGCAAAGCGCCACAACAUAACACAACAAGAAGUAAACAAUCUUGUAGACUUUGGCAGCCUUGAAUACACGGGCGAUAUCAAGGAUCGCCUGGUCUGUCCCAUAUGUAUUGGCAUUUUUGUAACUCCGGUGGUCACACCCUGCGGACAUCUAUUCUGCCUGGAGUGUAUACAGAGGCAUCACAGGACAUGCCAGUGCUGUCCCCUGGAUAGAAGGAGGAUUCAGGUAAGCAGAACACGGCUUGCCAGGGGAGUUAUGGAUGCGAUUGGAGGCUUGCUUGUACGGUGUCCCAACUCCAAGGCUGGAUGUACUCGUGAGAUGAGGCGGGAUUGCAUAAUUGAGCAUCUGCUAAACAGUUGCUAUCGGGCUACGAUAUCGCAAACAAGUACGUCACAGAUAAAUUCAGAUAUUGUAUGA